ACCAGGGACAGCACCGUCACCAGAACCGGAAAUGCUGGCCGGAGCAAGAUGACAUGGAGGGGGAAGUGAACGCUUUUUUCUUUACCAUCUUACAUGGUUUCUCCCCGCAAUGCCCUCUCGCUUCCCCCCAUUUUGCCUGAAUCCCAAAGCUAGAAACCCUCCUUGCCUCGUCAAAUCUUUCCUCGAUCUCUCCUCUAAAGGAAAACUUUCAGAAGCAGUCUCUUCUCUUGAUCUCUUACGAAAUAAAGGCAUUCGCUUGCCCUCUAGAACGCUAGCCUAUCUUUUGCAAGAGUGUGGAAACACAAGGUCUCUUAAAGAGGGCAAAUGGGUGCACCUCUAUUUGAAGCUUACUGGCCAGAAAAGGCCUUGUACGCUUUUAGCGAAUCAUUUGAUCUAUAUGUACUCUAGUUGUGGCGAUUUUAUUAAGGCACGUCAAGUGUUUAAUAAAAUGUCUUCCAGAAAUUUGUAUUCUUGGAACAAUAUGCUAUCUGGGUAUGCUAAAAUGGGGAUGUUAAGGCCUGCCAGGAAGUUGUUCGAUGAAAUGCCUGAGAAAGAUGUUGUGUCGUGGAACACCUUGGUGAUUGGGUAUGCAAAGAGCGGGAAUUGUAAGGAAGCUAUCAGGUUUUAUAAGGAGUUCAGGAGGGCGUCUAUUGGAUACAAUGAAUUCAGUUUUGCUGGUGUCUUGACAGUUUGUGUGAAGUUGAAGGAAUUUUCGUUCACCAGGCAGGUUCAUGGGCAGCUUUUGCAUUAUGGGUUUCUUUCUAAUAUUGUGCUUACGAGCUCACUUCUUGAUGCUUAUGCGAAGUGUGGGGCAAUGGAUGAUGCUCGUAGACUUUUUUAUGAGAUCCCUAUAAAAGAUAUUUUAUCUUGGACCACCAUGGUUUCAGGGUAUGCAUUAUUGGGGGAUAUGCAGUCAGCUAGUGAAUUUUUUGAUGAGAUGCCCAUGAAAAAUCCAACUUCUUGGACGGCUUUGAUUUCUGGCUAUGCUAGAAAUGGCAUGAGUGAUCAAGCACUCAAGUUAUUUGCGCAGAUGAUGGCACUUCAAAUUACACCUGAUCAGUUCACCUUUAGCAGUUGCCUUUGUGCUUCUGCUAGUAUAGCGUCAGUUAAGCAUGGUAAACAAAUACAUGCUUAUUUGAUACGAGCUAAUUUUAGGCCAAACAUGAUAGUUGUUAGUUCCCUCAUUGACAUGUAUUCGAAAUGUGGCUGUCUGGAAGUUGGCAAGCUGGUUUUCACUCUUAUGGGUGAUAAGCAAGAUUGUGUGGUGUGGAACACAAUGAUUUCUGCUUUGGGACAGCAUGGGCAUGGGGAAGAGGCAAUACAAAUGUUUUAUGACAUGAUAAGAUUAGGGGUAAAACCAGAUAGGGUCACCUUGGUUGUUAUUCUCAAUGCUUGUAGCCAUUCAGGUCUUGUGCAGGAAGGACUUAGGUUUUUUGCAUCCAUGACUUCUGAUCAUGGAAUCAUUCCCAAUCAAGAACAUUAUGCUUGCUUAAUUGAUCUCUUAGGUCGAGCUGGUUGUUUUGACCAGUUGAUGGACCAGCUAGAAAAGAUGCCAUGUAAGCCUGAUGCUCAGGUCUGGAAUGCAUUACUUGGUGUGUCUAGAAUCCACAAAAAUCUGGAAUUAGGAAGAAAAGCAGCAGAGCAACUCAUUGAGUUGGAACCUCAAUCUUCUGCACCUUAUGUAUUACUUUCAGGUAUAUAUGCUGAUUUUGGGAGGUGGGAUUUAGUAGAAAAGGUCAGACAGCUUAUGAAUAAGAGACAUAUUACUAAAGAGUUAGCCACAAGUUGGAUAGAAACUGAAAAUAAAGUGCAUUCCUUCAGUGCAUCAGAUACAUCCCAUCCUUUGAAAAAAGCAUUAUACUCAAUCUUGGAUCAGUUAGCCGGCCAAAGGGAAGAAGAUGCUUCCUUGCUUGAGGUUGAGAGGUAGCAGUUUGCCAUUUUUCAUCUUAGCUUGCUUGUUGUGUAGUAGAACUGCAAGACUCAUAUAUCUCUUGUAGCUUUUAUGAUCCUAACAGUUUUCUACAUCCUUUUCAAAUUGGAGGCAACUGUAGUAUAAAGGUUACUCAUUCUUGUUCUCAGAUACUAUAGAGUUGAAUCUUCCAUAAUAGUUUUGCGAUACUUGUAACAUUUGGUUCCAAAAAUCUAGAUAGUUGAGUGGAUGGAAGAUUAUUUUUUGUUUCAUUUUAUGCCAUUGUUUUAUCCAAUUCAAUAAAAUCAUUGAAUGAUA